AUGUCGAACUCACAUCUGCCUAAUUCUCACGCGGACAUUACUCCGACAUGGAGGCCUUAUAAGUUCCCUAGAAUCCCGUUGUCUGAUGCGAUCAAAACGAGCCCAGUUGCAGACUCCGAUGGAAAGAGAUAUUGUGGUAGUGUCCCACCGGAUUGGUGCGGAAAUGGUGGCCGGCGACUGGCAGCUCACGGUGGGUAUUGUGCUACAGUUCUGAUGAUGACAGCGCAGCAAUACUAUCGUGACCAACACGGGAGCCUAGGGAACAUGGACCCUCUCAACAUGUCGGUGGAGUAUCUUGAGCCGUUAUCUCAGGGUCGAUUCGAGAUCGCUCUCGAAACACUGAGCAUCGGAAAACGUAGUUCAACCAUCGAAGCCAGGCUUAAAUCGUUGGGAGCCCAUGAAGACAAGGUCUGCACGAUUGCCAUAGUAAGGCUGGGUAUGUUGAAAGACGAGGGUCACGUCACCAACAUACAACCUUCAGUCUGGCCAUUACCAGACCGAACAAAGGAUUGUACCCGAUGGUCAGAUGCAAGCUACUAUUACAUGAAUCCCCCGGCGUCAACGUGGGUGAAACUGGACAAUGAGAACAAAUUUGGAUUGGAGCACUUGCCAGUAUUGGCGGACUUGGUUCCCCCAAUAUUCCUCAACUAUACCGAGAAUGGGAUGGAAGCCGCCAGCAGUUGGGGUAUACCCACCACCGCUCUCAACAUUAUGUUCCGGUCUGAGGUAACUCCGCAGGAUUGGCUUUUGACCCGAACCACAAUGAAGAGAUUACACGGUGGGCGGUUUGAUAUGAACAUUGAGGUCCUCGAUGGAGACGGAAAACUACUUGCUUCUUGCGUCCAGAUUUGUUCUGUUAUACCUCUUGUAAAGCCUAGUUCUCAAACUGCAGGAAAGCUUUAGACAUUAUAUUGCAAAAAGAUGCCAAGCGGUGAUAAAUACAAUUCCAGAAAACAUCCAAAA